AUGUCUAUACCACCUCAAGACCCUACCAGAACUCCAUAUCAACAACCAAACCCACAACGUCAUAUAUUCCCAGGUCAACAAAAUCUUGGUCAGCAAAACAUUGUUUAUCCAAGACCAACGUCAACUGGUAUUCGUGGUCCACCAAUUCAACAACACAAUUCUCCAUACACCACCCCAUACGCCAAUAAGCAACCAGUUCCACCAAGACAAAAUGGCAACAAUGGAGUAUCUGCAGAACAACAAAUUGCUCAAGGCAUUUUGAGUAAUACUACAAAUGGUCAGACUCCUCAACGACAGCCUCAGAGACAAAAUGGACCCCCGCCUAUGGGUGCAGCAAUUCAUAUUGCCCCUCAACAUACCCCACAAAAUCAAUCCAUGACUGUCAAUCAUGCUGUUCAUCCAACUCCCCCAUCCGCCAUGAAUCAAGCUCGAGAUUUUGGCACUCAGCAACGACAGUCACAAUCUCCGGCAUUGCAAGGACAAAGUCUUGGCAUUCAACGACCCCCCUCCAUGAACCCCUCUCCCGCUAAUUCGAACCUCGGAUCUGCGAGGCCGCAAGAUUCACCGGCAAGCUCCGCUCAGGAUAUGUCCAUGAUUGAUCCUCAACUUUCACUCGAGCAACAAUUAGAUCCUAGCAAUUCCCUUCUUUCUCCCGCGGAUGAACACGAUCAAACUGAAGCUCCGGAAGUGUCUCCUGAUGAUAUGCUUAGUGCUCCACCAGGAGGUAGUUACCCAACUUUUGAAGCGCUUUUUGCAGCGGCACAAGCACAUGCUUUGACACAUGGCUACGCGUUUGUGAUUGGCAGAUCUAAACGUGAUAAUAGAGGGCUAAAGAAAGUAUUCCUAAUUUGUGAUCGUGGUGGAACCAACAAGGAGAAGGUACCAGGUGAACAGCGGCAACGCAAGACCAAAUCCCGCAAAUGUGGUUGCGAAUUUGGUGUCUUUGGUCUCGAAAAUAAGACUGCUUGGCUUUUACGAGGUCGAAUUGAUGGAGAACACCUCACACAUAAUCAUCCCCCGAGCGAUAGUCCCACUGAACAUCCAGGAGCUAGAAAAUUAGAUCCUAAAGCAAUUGCCGCUGUAAAGGCUCUUGAGGAAAAUGGUGUAUCCGUAAAAGAAACCCUCGAAAUUCUCCAUCGCGAAAAUCCCACCAUUCGCUUCCUUCCCCGCGAUAUUUACAAUGCUCGAGCCGCCAUCAAGCGUGAUCCAUCUCGUGUAGAACCUACAGCCAUGGAGUCUCUCCCCACCUUCUACAAAAAGCCUCCCAUGACAUUCGAAGAAAAGCUCCGCGCCGAACUUCGAACUGAGGUAGCCAAUGCCCAAGCAGAAGUGGAGAAAGUCAAGGCCGAUUGGAAGAGAGAAGUAGAAGAUCUAAAGGAACAAUUAAGACAGAAAGAUGUUGUGAUUCACAAGUUUGAGCAGUUUAUCGAUAUUUGUAAUGAGCGGGUAAUGAUUCGAAGAGAUGAUUUAUUCAAUGCCCCUCCUGAGGCCGAGCCAAGUGCAAAUGCUAUGGGCAAUGCUAUGGGCAAUGCUAUGGGCUAA